AUGGACAAGCGAGCCCGACGGAGCACGCGGAGGGUGAUCUACACGGAAGACCAGGACGAGGAGCCGGCGAGCAGGCCGGCCGAUGGACAGGCUCGACGGCCGCCCAAGCAGCCCAGGAAACUCCCGAAGCCGACGCCCAAGAGGACGGCGGACUCGGUGGACAGCUCGAGUCUCAGCGGCCUGGACGACUCCCCCUCGGGCUCGCUGGCUGCAGACCCCGGCGAGCCGCGGCUGGCCGAGACCAGUCUUCUUGUCCGGAUCCUCAGCUCGGCCGGCCGGGCACAUCCGCCCUCCUACCACACCUCCCAUCUCUCCUGCCCCUCCGACGACCCGAAGGCUUCCACCACCCUCACCGAUCUCCACGCUGGCUUGCUCGCAUGGUUCGACACCGUCAAGCUGAAACGCGAUAUGCCCUGGAGGAAGGACGUCGUGGAUAUUGCGAGCUGGACCGAGCAGCAAAAAGGCCAGAGAGCCUACGAGGUCUGGGUUAGCGAAAUCAUGCUCCAGCAAACCCAAGUAGAAACUGUGAAAUCGUACUAUCUGAGAUGGAUGGCCCGGUUCCCGACGAUAUUUGAUCUGGCGAAAGCGGAUGUCGAGCAAGUGAACGAGUGUUGGCAAGGACUCGGCUACUACUCUCGGGCCUCACGGCUGCUUUCAGGGGCCAAAAAAGUCGUCAAGCGGUUCGCUGGGGUCCUACCUGAAGACCCGCUCAUGAUGGAGAAAGAAGUGGACGGGAUAGGCCCGUAUAGUGCCGGUGCGAUAGCCUCGAUAGCCUACGCCAAGCCAGUACCCAUGGUCGAUGGCAACGUCCACCGAGUGCUCACGCGCCUUACGGCGUUAUACGCCCCGCAAGCCGCGAAAGCGACUACCAAGUUCCUCUGGUCUACCGCCGCUGAACUAGUCCCCCAGCAUCGGCCCGGGGACUUCAAUCAAGCGUUGAUGGAGCUCGGCGCGACCGUCUGCAAGCCCCGGGAAGCGGCUUGUCCAUCUUGUCCGCUCUCCAAAUGGUGCAGAGCUUACCAAGAAGCGCAAGCUCUGCGUGUUCUGGACAGUGCUGGCGACCGUGACGAGGGAGGAGCGAGACGGAGGCCGAGGGAAGAUGAGGACAUCGAGGACCUCUGUAGUCUCUGCCAGCCCACGCCCAUAGCCUGUCCCAGUGAUGGCAACGUCUUGGUCUAUCCGAUGGCCAAGGAGCGCAAGAAACCUGCCCCCAGAGAAGUCGCUGUCUCGCUCGUCAUCUGGAAGGAAAGCUUGUCUGAGGACCAGGUCGACGUCAUGGAAAACUCGCCGCUUUCGCUUGAUCAGACCCGGACGCUUCUCAUCAAGCGUCCCGAAAAAGGACUUCUUGCGGGGUUAUGGGAGUUCCCGUCGAUUGAUUUGGCCGAGAGCAACGACUCGACGGCCGUCGGCCGCCAGGAAGCGGUGGCGAAGUUACUGGGCCAGACGAUUGCGGAUUUCCCGUGCUCGGUCGCGUCGACGAUGGAAGGGGAAGGAGGAGUCGCGAGUGGGGGAAGGAUGUACACGGUCCGACGGUGCCCAGGUGAGCUACCGGCCGUCGAGCACGUGUUCUCGCACCUGAAAAUCUCCUACAAAGCCUCUGUUCUCUUCAUCCAUUCCCCAGCCCCCCCGACCCUCCUCCAUCCUUCCCCCCCUGAUCGGCCAGCUGCCUCCGGCCAGGCUUGCUGGUCCCCCUCUAGCAAUAUCUUGGCCGCUAACCUCGGUAACCCCCACAAGAAGAUCUGGAACGCAUGGCUCGCUCGGCCUGCGAAUCUCGCUUCCUCUUCCAAACCUCGUAAACGCAAAGCCUCGGCUCUCGAUCAGCCUGACCCAUAG